GGUCGCUAGCACAGUCCCAGAAACACCCGCGCAAAACCCAAGCCGGCAAGCCCAGACACCGAAACACCCGCCAGUCCGAUGCGGCGAUCGAUGCUGCUGGCCCUGCCUCGGCUGCAGCGUGCACAGACUAGCUAGCAGAGCAAGAGCGGCACACGACGCCGUCCCGGAUUCACGGGUGCGCCUACUGUCCGUGCCGGUCCCGAUCCCACACACCCGGCCACUGGCACUGUACGCGCGCGCAUACCCACCUCCCCCUCCCAAAAUUUCCCAGCCCCGAGAAGGAACCCCAACAAAAGCCACCGUCCGCAGCAAAAAAAAAAAAAGGCGGCAACGCCAGUGAGAGAAAAGCUUCAGUUUCAGCUCCAGCUCAAGUUCCCCUCCUCCCUCGCAAGACGCAAGCUUCUUCCUCCUCCCCAAUGCCUCGCCCGUAACCGCGUCCCCAGCCCCCCCCCCCCCGCCCGUCGCAAUGGCCGGGCCCCGCGCGCCCGCGGCGGCGGUGGCGGCUGUCUUUGCCAUUGUUGCCUCCCUCGCCUGCUGCGCCGUCGCGGAGCCGCCGCCGAGCGAGCGGUCCGCGCUGCUGGCCUUCCUCACGGCGACCCCGCACGAGCGCCGGCUCGGAUGGAACACCUCCACACCGACCUGCAGCUGGGUCGGGGUCAAGUGCGACGCCGCCAACUCCACCAUCGUCGAGGUCCGCCUCCCGGGCAUCGGCAUCAUCGGCGCCAUCCCGCCGGGCACGCUGGGCCGGCUCACCAACCUCCGCGUACUCUCGCUCCGCUCCAACCGCCUCCUCGGGACCAUCCCCGACGACCUGCUCCAGCUGCCCAGCCUCAAAGCUCUGUUCCUGCAGCGGAACCUGCUCUCCGGCGCCAUCCCGCCGGCAGUCGCGAGGCUCGGCGGCCUCGAGCGCCUCGUGCUCUCGCACAACAACCUAUCGGGCCCCAUCCCGUUCGCGCUCAACAACCUCACAGCGCUGCGCGUGCUGCUGCUCGACGGCAACCACCUCUCCGGGAGCAUUCCCAGCAUAAGCAUCCCGGGGCUCGCCGUCUUCAACGUCUCCGACAACAACCUCAACGGCUCCAUCCCGAAACCCCUCUCGCGCUUCCCGCGGGACUCCUUCGCUGGCAACCUCCAGCUCUGCGGCGAACCGUUGCCGCCCUGCCAAUCGUUCUUUCCCCCGUCACCGGCGCCCGGCCUCAGCCCGGGAGGCAGCCCCGGGCUGGGCUCCUCCAAAAAGCGGAAGCUCUCCGGCGCGGCAAUCGCCGGCAUCGUCGUGGGCUCCGUGGUGGCAGCGCUCCUCCUCCUCAUCGCCAUCGUGCUAUGCGCGAAGUUCCACCGGCGGAAAGCCACCAAGGAGGGGCCAAAGGCCGCAACUUCCGCGGCGGCGCCAGCGACAGGGCUGGGUCCGACGGCGUCCGGUGAGGGCGGGGGCAUGACGUCCUCGUCCAAGGAGGACCUGGGAGGCGGUGCGUCCGGGUCUGCCGCCGCCGCGGCCGCGGGUGCCGGCGCUGGGGAGCAGAGCCGACUAGUAUUCGUGGGGAAGGGAGCGGGGUACAGCUUUGACCUGGAGGACCUGCUGCGCGCGUCGGCGGAGGUGCUGGGCAAAGGCAGCGUGGGGACGUCGUACAAGGCGGUGCUGGAGGAAGGCACGACGGUGGUGGUGAAGCGGCUCAAGGACGUGGCGGUGGCGCGGCGCGAAUUCGACGCGCACAUGGAGGCGCUCGGCAAGGCGGAGCACCGCAACGUGCUCCCCGUCCGCGCCUACUACUACUCCAAGGACGAGAAGCUCCUCGUCUACGAUUAUCUCCCCAACGGCAGCCUCUCCGCCAUGCUCCACGGAAGCCGAGGCUCCGGCCGGACGCCGCUGGACUGGGAGGCGCGCAUGCGGUCCGCGCUGUCCGCCGCUCGCGGUCUGGCGCACCUGCACACCGCGCACAACCUCGUGCACGGCAACGUCAAGGCCUCCAACGUGCUGCUCCGCCCGGACCCCGACGCGGCCGCACUCUCCGACUUCUGCCUCCACCCGCUCUUCGCCCCGUCGUCCACGCGCGCGGACGGGUACCGCGCGCCGGAGGUGGUGGACACGCGCCGGCUCACGUUCAAGGCCGACGUGUACUCCCUCGGCGUGCUCCUGCUGGAGCUCCUGACGGGCAAGUCCCCGUCGCACGCGUCCCUGGAGGGCGACGGCACGUUGGACCUGCCCCGGUGGGUGCAGUCCGUGGUGCGCGAGGAGUGGACGGCCGAGGUGUUCGACGUCGAGCUGGUGCGGCUGGGCGCGAGCGGCGAGGAGGAGAUGGUGGCGCUGCUGCAGGUGGCCAUGGCGUGUGUGGCCACCGUGCCGGACGCGCGGCCGGACGCCCCCGACGUGGUCCGGAUGAUCGAGGAGAUCGGCGGCGGCCAUGGCCGGACGACAACGGAGGAGAGCGAGGAGGGCGUGCGGGGCAUAUCGGAGGAGGAGCGGUCGAGGGGCACGCCGCCGGCCGCCCCGACGCCGUGACCGUGCGCGGAGGGAGGAGGGUAAAGGUUUGGCAAAUUGAAUUGCAUAGGUUGUUGGUACCUGUAUGUCAGUGUUGUUCUGUUCUCCCUGUUUCUUUUUGCUUUCUUUUUUUUUUUAUCCAGGGCAUUGUUUUGUUGGAUCAAAUCUCUCUCUCUCUCUCUCUCUCUCUCUCUCUCUGAGGCUUCAUUCAUCCAAGUAAAAAUGUAUUUUUUUUCUUCA